AGUAGCGAACGAGAGCACCUAACAUUCGAAACAAUGAAACAUUGAUCACAGUCACGAGUUCAUAUUCCAAGUCAAAGCAUAAUGAGAAGGAAUCAAGUAUAUAUCAUUGAAGUGUGUGAAAAGGUUCUUCCUGCUUGCUCACUUGCUCCCACACUAUGUGCCUGUUCAUGCGUAUCAUCCAACUCCCAAAGUCCCAAUAGGAAAAAGGAAAAAGGAAAAGCUAGUCGUGUUUGCUACAAAGGAAAAUGCUCAUCGUUCGCUGACCGCAGUGAAUGACUGUUUGGACUAGAGAGUCCUGCAAUGCUUCCGAAAGUUCCCAACGAAAGUACGCCUGCAAGGCCAGAGAUGACACCGUCCUGAGCGCCGAUAGGAAAA